AUGGGGAAGAGUGUGGCCAGCAGGUCCAGGGAGGUGAUCCUCCACUUGGCCCUAGUUUGGUGCAGGGCAGGAGCUGGACUCGAUGAUCCUUCACGGGUCCCUGCCUUCCCACUCGGUAUAUUCCGUGAUUGCUCGUGGAGUUUCCUCUCUGCAGACCCUGACAGCCCACCUGGACACGAUGCCGUGUCACCUGCCCUGGGUGACCCUGCCGUGCCAGGGAGCUUGGCCCGGGUGAUCUCCAGCGCUCACCCCAGCCCGACCCAGGCUUCAGCCAGCGGGGAACACGAAGGAUCACAGCGGGACGGAAGCUGUUCAGGAAACUCCCAAUCCUCCGGAACCGGCUGUGAGGAAGCGGAAAGGGAGGAGCGGGGCCAGGCGGCGGCCGUGGCCAUGGCGGAGGGGUCGGAGGGAGGCGAGCCGGGAUGCGAGCCGGGAUCCGAGCCGGGAUCCGAGCAGGGAUGCGAGCACUACCGGCGGGGCUGCCGGCUGCGGGCACCGUGCUGCGGGAAGCUGUACCCGUGCCGGCUGUGCCACGACGGCGCCGAGCAGCACCAGCUGGACCGGUUCCGGGUGUCCGAGGUGCAGUGCAGCCGCUGCCGCCUGCUGCAGAAGGCCCAGCAGCGCUGUGAGGGCUGUGACAACCUCUUUGGGGAGUACUACUGUGACAUCUGCCACCUGUUUGACCGUGACAAGAAGCAGUACCACUGCGAGGAGUGCGGCAUCUGCAGGAUUGGCCCCAAGGAGGAUUUCUUCCACUGCUCCAAGUGUAAUUUGUGCCUGAGCCUGAGCCUCCAAGGAAAGCACAAGUGUAUUGAAAAUGUCUCCAGGCAGGACUGUCCAAUAUGUUUGGAGGAUAUUCACACAUCUCGUGUUGGAGCCCAUGUUCUGCCAUGUGGUCACCUUCUUCACAGAACAUGUUAUGAUGAAAUGCUGAAGGAAGGCUACAGGUGUCCUUUGUGCAUGCACUCAGCGUUGGACAUGACCAGGUACUGGCGCCAGCUGGACAACGAGGUGGCGCAGACUCCCAUGCCCACCGAGUACCAGAACAUGAUGGUGGAGAUCCUUUGCAACGACUGCAAUGCCCGCUCCACGGUGCAGUUCCACCUCCUGGGCAUGAAGUGCCAGAGCUGUGAGUCGUACAACACCGCCCAGGACGGGCGGUGCCGGCUGUCCUUGGAGGAGCAGUGACCGGGAUACGCGCGGCGUUCGGCCGGACGGCAACGCCGUGCCCUGGGAGAGACUGUUUUGCCAACAAAGCAACUCUUGGCAGUAAGAAUUCCAGUAUUCCGAGCUCAAGGAGUCCUUUACUGCGUCAGGGAGGAGGCAGAUGAGAAGAGCAGCAGGAGGAAAUGUGACCAGCAGCUGAUGCAGCAGCAGGAGGAGUUUUGGGGGCAGCUGAAGGGGAAGGGAGGUGGAGGUGCAGCUCCCAGGGAAAAUGGGUCACUUUGAGAGGCACUGCCAUCCACAGGGUUGUGUGAGGACGUGGUGUUCCCUGGGAACUGUGUGUGCCAGGACCCCAGACACACCUGCACAGGGGCAGCGGGCAGGAGUGGCAUCCUUGGCUCCCUUCAUUGUCACCUGUGUGUACAGAAUUCCCUUGAAACAAGGGAGUGAAUUGCCCUGACUGCUGGGAUGAACAGCUGGAAGAUCCAGGUGCAAAGAUCCAGGUCCUCUUUCCUCUGGACCCCCAUCCUGACUUGCUGCCGUCCCUUCACUCAGAUUCCUUUUCCAUCCGCAGUCGCUUUUUCCCCAUUUCUUCCUCAUGUUGCCCUGGGUUUUAGACACAUACACAGCUCGGUUUUGCUGGUUAAAGUACCUAAAGUGAAGCACAUCCUUCCCAUCAGGCUGGGCCUGAGAUGCUCACUGGAAUAACAGCAUUCCAGAGGUGCAGAGACCAAUUUUCUGUGGUUUUGGCAUUUGUUAAUGGUAGAGCUUCACUGGGGGGAGAGAAUGGGGGGCAAACGACUGCCUUUUAAAAUAAAUAAAAACCCCAACCCCACCCUUCUGCCUGAGGUGUUUUGCAGUCUUAAAUAUUGCAGAAAGUUGAUGAUUUCUGUGAAUUUCACAUACAGAUACUUUACAGUAAUAAGAUA